ACUUCCCGCAAAUCGGUGCCGUCGGGGCCCAGAGCUCCCCGUGUGUCCCCACGUACAUGUCCCCCCGCGGGCGGCGGGCCGGGGAGGGGCGUCGGCGGGGGCAGCCCCCGGCCAUUGAUAACCCCCGUUCCCCGGCCCCGCCGCCGGAGACCGCAGACCGCCGUGCACGCCUAUCCCCGGGCACCUCGACCCACCCCACAGCGCGCCGGCGCGGAGGAUGCGGCGGGCCCGCGGGCCCCGUGUUGGGACGCUCCAUCGCUGAGGCACCGGAGGAGGCUCCCGCGGCGCCGAGGAGAUGAGGCUGCCCCUGGCUCUGCUGGCCCUGGCCGCCCUGGGGGCUGCCGCCGCCGGGGCGAGCCGGGAGGCGGAGGAGGCGACGCAGGCGGGGCGGUUCUCCACGCCGGAGCAGCACCGGUGCACCUGGGAGCUGCGCUCGGCGGCGGGGGCCAGCGAGCUACGGCUGAGCUGCCGGCCACCGGCGGGCGGCGGGGCGGCGCGGAGCUGCGCCUACCGCGGGGAGCCGCGGCGCUGCCCCGCCUACGGCGCCCGCAGCCGCCAGUACUGGCGGCAGAUCCUGGGCAGGCUGCGGCGGCGGCGGCACCCCUGCGCCCAGGGCGGCCCGCUCAGCGCCCGCCUCUGCGGCCCGGGCCGGGGGCCGCCCGAGGCGCAGCUCCGCCUGCUGCCCGGGCCCGGGUCCUCCCCGCCGGCUGCCACCGCGGAGCCCACCGAGGACCCGUCGGAGACCUACUGCGCCGAGCGGUGGCACUCGCUGUGCAGCUUCUUCGUCGGCUUCUGGGAGGGCUGAGCCGCCCCCGCCCCGCCGGGAGGGAGCGCGGCCGCCCGUUCCCCGGGCCAGGGCUUGCGCUGCCCGGCCGGCCGCCGCGGCCCGCCCCCCCCCAGCCUUGCCUGCCCUCACCCGCCCGCCACCGGCGUCCCUCCACUUUGUCAGCUUUCCUCUUUUCCUCUCCAAUAAAGU